UCUAUUAAAGGUAUGUUCAUUUUGAGAUUUUAAAACUUUCGCGUGAGCUUAAUCAAGCAUAUACUUAUCAAAUUCUAUUUGAGUUAAUAAUGCAAUUUUCUUUAUUAUUGUGUACACUUUAUAAUGAAUAUUUUCAUUUAAUGUCAUUGAAAUUCUCAGAAGCGUUAUCAGAUAAACAAAAUAUAGGAUUUUUAAUAUGGAUUUGCCUAUAUUCUACAAAAGUUAUUUAUAUAAACAAUCAAUGUACUAAAUUCUAUCGCGAGGUAGAAGUAACAGCAUAUUUGCUUCGAAAACUAAAUAUUUGCUAUUUAGAUAAUUUCAUUAGAGAUGAGGUGCAACAAUUUUUAUUACAACUUUUUCUUCAUCCUUUAAAAUUUACUGCUGGUGGUUAUAUUCUUAACAAUAGAUUAUCAACAAUGUUUUUUGGUACUAUAAUCUCUUAUUUGAUUGUAUUAGUACAAAUAAGUUCGUCGCCAAGUUUAAUGAAAAAACCUUUAAACAAAAACUUGUAAGAUUACUUUUAUGAUUUAUUAUUGCUAAAAUCAUAAUUUAUUUAUUACAUUUCAUAGCACAUCAAUUGUAAUUUAUAAAUAAUAAAGAAAUAAAGAAAUUGUUAGAAA